UUGUGUGUGUGUAUUAUGUAGCUCUUUGCUGUUAACAAAUAUCUGUGGUGGACAGUAGUCUUUGGCCGAAUCCGGUCGCACAAUAAGAGUAAAUUGAAGAUCAGCUGAAGGUGUUUUAUGAUGUCAUUUCUACAAGUACCCGCAAGUUUGUGUAAGAGCUACUUUAGCAAUGGCUGAUUGACACCCGGAUGGCACAAAUAUAUUCCCUACGAAACUGAUAAACACAACGAAAUUAUUAUAGUGACAGAUGUGGAGGACGUGUUCUUAAAUUUAGUCUCCAAUUGUUUGCAACAACGAAACGAAAAUUAUGUACCUAUACAUACAUGCGUAUUUCAUUAUGUUCCCGGAAGAUGUCAGGCAACUGUAAGUCAGUGACGUGGCAGUGUACCGCGUCAGGCGCUGAGUGUGAGAGACGUGUGUGAUGUGUAGCUAAUGCUUUCCGUGUCGUAAACUGAAGAAACUUAACAUUAUUUCUUCAAGCUCUGUAUCGCAGCAUAGUAUUUGCUUGUAUUUUGCAAUCCCCCCCAUUGCUGUCGUGCAAAAGGUGCGCAGGACAAGUAGAGUUAUAAUUCCGUAGUCAAAUUAAGUUGUGAUUUUAACUUAAGACGCCAGCUAUGAAUAGCCAAACUCCAAAAGAAUGCAGGGGAAAUGAAAUUAAAAAUACAGGCAAUACCAUUAUUUCAAAAAAUAGCAAGAAAAAAAGUCGGCAAAACAAAGAAACAGUGCCGGUACUUGUUAAUGAUGAUGGCAAACAACAGUCAAACACCGAAGACGAAAUUCAGGAAAAAUUGAAUGUCUCAUUGCAGGACCUGCGUUUGGCAGCAGAGACACUCUCAUUUCAUCGACGUGCAGGAAGAAGUGAUGUAGAUGUGGAGCAAAGGCAAUAUACGUUCUGGAACACUCAACCUGUACCAAAAAUAAAUGAAUCCGUCAAGUGCAGUGGGCCAAUAGAAGCUGAUAAACAUGUGGCUGAAAUCCGGCAGACGCCGUUUUCCCUACCUGAAGGUUUCAGAUGGGACACACUUAACCUGAGUGAUCCAACGGUUUUACAGGAGCUCUACACGCUACUCAAUGAAAAUUAUGUUGAAGAUAACGACUGCAUGUUUAGAUUUGACUAUCCACCAGAGUUCCUAAAAUGGGCGUUGCAGCCCCCUAACUGGAAAAGAGACUGGCACUGUGGUGUCCGUGUAAUGAAAAACAACCGUUUAGUCGGUUUCAUAAGUGCAAUUCCCGCCAAAUUAAGGGUAUAUGAUCAGUCUCUGAGUAUGGUAGAAAUAAAUUUCCUAUGUGUGCAUAAAAAGUUGAGAUCAAAACGCGUCGCCCCUGUAUUGAUUCGUGAAAUAACCCGUCGUGUGAAUCUUUGCGGUAUAUUUCAGGCUGUGUAUACUGCUGGAGUUAUUCUGCCCAAACCUGUGGGAACAUGCAGAUAUUGGCAUCGAUCGCUCAAUCCGAAAAAGCUUAUUGAAGUUAAAUUCUCCCACCUGAAACGAAAUAUGACCAUGCAAAGGACCUUGAAGUUGUACAGGCUGCCAGAUUCGACAAAAACUCGGGGUUUCAGGCAAUUAACUGCAGCAGAUUCAUCGAGUGCGCAUGUAUUACUAAAUCAGUACUUAUCAAGAUUCGAUCUUGCACCAGUUUUUUCCCAGGAAGAGUUUUGUCACUGGUUUCUACCGAGACCCGGCGUAAUUGAUAGUUUUGUAGUUGAGAAAAACGACAAGAUAACGGAUUUUGUAAGUUAUUAUAGUUUGCCGUCAACAGUUAUGCAUCAUCCUACACACAAGACCUUGAAAGCAGCGUAUUCUUUCUAUAACGUCUCAUCAGAAACUCCUUGGCUUGAACUAAUGACAGAUGCCCUCGUGACCGCAAAAAAUAGUGGCUUCGAUGUCUUCAACUCACUGGAUGUAAUGGAUAAUAAACAAUUUCUUGAAGCAUUGAAGUUUGGAGAGGGUGAUGGAAAACUGCAAUACUACUUGUAUAACUGGCGGUGCCCACCGAUGGAUCCUACUAGGAUAGGUUUAGUUUUACAAUAAGUGUACUUAAAGACCGGCGAAUACAAAUGUGCUCAAGAAUGUAUGCUUAUUAAUGCUCAUUGGAUCAUUUGGGAAACUUUUUCAGUGUUUCUUAUUAGCUAGUACCGGUACCCGCUCGUCUUGUGAAGCAAGAAUAACUAGACUGGUUUCAUUUUAUCGAAAACAUGAACGCUUAAUUCUGUGAUACAUUUCGUUGUAUGCUGCUAUGGUAAAAUUUUUAGUUUAGUAGGUAGCAAACUCCUUAAGUAUCUUGUCUUUUAGUAUGUGUCCAUUUUGUGCAUAACUGAAUAUGCGGCUGAAAAUUAUGUUGUAGAAAGAUAAUUGUUUCACUGGGAGGCCCAAAACUCCCCCCCCCCCCCCCCCCCCCUCUCUCUCUCUCUCUCUCUCUCUCUCUCUCUCUCUCUCUCUCUCUCUCUCAUUAUCAUUAAUUACUGUACAGUGUUUGUUGUGUUUCCCCGUUUCUCCUUAAAAAGUGUUGCAAAAUAAAACUAACUAACUUUCAGAUAUUUAGUGAUACUACAUACUAGAUGGUGAACUGUAUUUAUGUCUAUUAUGACUUCAGAAACUGUAAUAUUUAAAUGUUUGUGUUACGCAUACAGUUUUUUUUUUUAUUACUGGGCCAGUUACAAAGUUAGAGUAUUGUCCUCAGAGAACUUAAUUUUCACUGUGCAUUAGCUGUCUUUAUUUAAGCCAAAUAUAUAGUUUCCUCAUGAUGGUCUUACAUAUUAUAAAUGAAUUUGAUAAAAACCUUAUUUCAAAUAAAUAAUUGUGCAAUGUGUAUGGUUCUUAUGUAUCUGAAAUAGCAGACAAAGCAUCAAAACAUAAUUUUGUGCCCUAAGAAAGCAACAAAUGAAAAUUAAUUUCUCUCUGUUAUUGAUGAAUUAUGGAUGGGAUGUAGACAGAUAAAAUGUCAAAAAUAGUAUUACUUUUUAAGCUAAGAUAUUAUGGUAUCAGAUACAUUUUAUGUAUGGUACUACUUCUAUUUUCUGUAUCUGUCUUUGUGUUCCACAGAUCUGUGUUGUGAGUGCAUCACUCUGAUGUAGAACAUGUCACAUGUUACCCCAGUACAGAUACAAAUGUUUUAUUCCACCUUUGAGCAUAUUUACAUGCAAUUGGUAUCAUCAGUUUUAACACCUUAAUAAUAACAACAACAACUACUACUACAGUUUAAUAAUCCAAGAUGGAUACAAUACAUAUUUAUGCAAAUGUCAAUAACAAAUAGAAGUAUCCUAACAGAUCAAUUACAAGAUAAAUGAACUACAUUGUUCAGUGAAUGACAAAUAAAUAAUCAAACAGAUAAUUAACAAUAAGUACAUAAAACAGUAAUAAAGAAGUUGCACAGUGAGGUACAUGUAUAGUUUGCAGUUAAUUUAUCAUUCAUUGUCAUAAGGAAAGAGGGUCAUAUGUCACAUAGUCAAGGACCUCUUGAGAAGAGUAAAUACUUUACUUUUCAUUCACCUUAAAAGACUAGUUUUAAAUGUAUUUAUUGACACUGUGCAGGCAUUUUCAGGUAAUUUGUUGAAGUAGACAGGAAAAAGAUAUUUGUAACUGUUGUGUGUCUUUACAAGCCCAACAUAUGGUGUAUUAAUUGUAUAUCCACUUCUUAUGUUAUGGUCAUGAACUGUCAAAUUUACUCAGAUUCACUUUAAUGAAGACAAUGCAGUUGUAAAUACACAGCCCAAUCACUGUCAUUA